GGAGAGAGAGAGAGCUUCGUAAAGAUCAUGAGCUUCGGGGAAGUUCCGCUCUUCCUUGUCACGCUGUCGGUCACACUGCGCGCGCACCGCCCAGACGUGCGCGCACACGCGCACCGCACGUGCACACGCGCACCGCACGGCCAGAGGAAACGCGCACACGGGACAAUGGGCUGUUAGGAAGCGGACGCAGUUCGCUAGAUGCCGUUAUCGUAAAGGAGUGGAUCCCCAUCGAGUGAUGACAGUCGUUUGACCGUGGCAGCGAUUUGGCGAGUUGACGAUCAGAAGAAGAAGCAGAGAGAUAGAGAGAGGUGGGGGGUGGGGAGGGAUAAAAAAAAAUAAAACCCCGAGGGGGCUCAACAUGCGAGCGAGAGGAGGAACGGCGGUGGCCGCCGUCCGAGCGUUUCACCUGCCCAGCGUCUUCUCCAUCACCACCACCACCAUCACCACCAUCAUCGUCGUCGUAGUCAUCGUCCAGCAACUGCUCACGCGGUCCGCGCACGGCUUCCACGUGCACGGCAAGUUCCAUUUCGGCGAGAAGACCAACAACUUCGCCGUGGACGGCGUCUUUCGCAAGGUGUACGUGGGGACCGUGAACAACAUCUACCAGCUGAGCGACACCCUGCGCCGAGAGGACAGCGUGUCCACCGGGCCGGUCAACGACAGCAUGCUGUGCCACGCGCCCACCGUGUCCUCCACGUGCGCGCACGAGCGCACCAGCACGGACAACUACAACAAGCUGCUGGUGGUCGACUCGCAGCAGGAGAUCUUGCUGAGCUGCGGCAGCGUCCACCAGGGCGCGUGCGAGGUGAGGCGCCUGGGCAGCAUCGUCGACGUCGUCGUGAGCACGGAGAAGCUCAACACCAAGAACCUCUACAUGGCCUCCAACCACGCGGACGCGCCCACGGUGGGCGUCUUGGUGAGGAUCGACGGCAGCAAGUAUGGCAUCAUGGUGGGGGCCACCUUCACGGGGCAGGGUUCGGACUACUGGAAGCCGUCGGGCAGUCCGCCGGACUACCGCUACGAGAACACGCCCGAGAUCGCCUUCAGGAGCAUGAACGUGAGCGAGAAGGAGAAGCUGUUCAGCUACGAGUACGACUCGGAGGAGAGCGUCUUCAAGAUCAGCGGCGAGAACAAGGUGAGGAGCAAGCUGCAGUUCGUCGACAUGUUCGCGGUGGACAAUUACGUGUACAUACUGGUCAACAACAACACGGGCGACGCCAAAGAGAACAAUUACAAGACGUCCGUCGUCCGCAUCUGUCUCAGCAACACGCGGAUUCACGAAUCGUACGUGCAGCUGAGCAUCGACUGCGGCGAGAAAUACGACAACAUACAGUCCGCCUUCGUGAGCCGCGACCUCCUCUACGUCCUCUUCAAGAGCUUCAAGAACGGCAGUACCAUCGUGUGCGAGUUCGCCCUCGGCGACAUCGACGCCCGGAUCGCCAAGGCUCGCGAGGACUGCUUCACCCAUCACUUGCCCGUGAUGACCGCCCUGGAUUUCAAGAUGGACAAGUCGGAGACGUGCAAAAAGGCUGGAACGACGUCCACGCUGACGCUGACCUCCGAGCAAGCCAACUGUGGUGGGACUCACAUGGAAAACCUGCUGGUGGUACUGGCACCUGUGAGCGGCCGUCUCAUCUUCACGCAACCCAACCUCACGGCCGUAGCGGCGAUCAGGUUGCACGGCUUCACCGUGCUCUUCCUGGGCAACUCCACGGGUCAUCUGAUAAAGGCAGUCAAAGGUGACGCUGGCAGCGGCGUGAAGGUGAUGGGCACGGAGCUGCUCGACUACGGGAACCCCGUUCACCCCAACAUGCUCUUUGACCCGGCGGACAACAGCUUCCUGUACGUCAUGACCUCCAGCAAGAUCGGGCGAGUUAAGGUGACGCGGUGUGCUCACCACACUUCGUGCGCGAGCUGCCUGCAAGCCAGGGACCCGUACUGCGGCUGGUGCACGCUUCUGGGAAGAUGCACGUUGCAAAAUAGGUGCCCUAACUCCAGCGUUGCCUCUCACUGGGUGGACAUUGGCUCUGGGAUGACUCGGUGUCCUACUAUGGAGUUUACCACCACGUACAUCAACGCGGAUGAGAGAACGCAGGAGGUCAAGGUUCAGGUGUCAGGCCUUGUGCCUGAGCUCAAAGACUUGGACUUGUGGUGUGAGUAUGAGGCAACCAAAACCAAGCUCAGCUACGUAAACUCCACGCUGGCCUGCAGCCUCCCGCCACCCGCCAACUUCUCUCAGCUCUCCUCAAACGAAGGUUCCCGGACGGUGACAGUCUUCAUGAUGUACAACCGAACCAGAAUACUGUCAGGCAGCGUGACAUUCUACAAGUGCUCAAACAUCGGAGCGAUACAUGUCAACAUUCCUUGCACCAGCUGCACGGACAGAAGAUGGGGCUGCCACUGGUGCGCGGGCGAGCACAGCUGCGUGUCCGCACCGUCACAGUGCUCCGACAUCAGUAACGUGGUUAAGGAUGCAAGUGCUUGCCCCCGCAUCACGGCCUCUUCUAGCGCGGGGCAGCCCUCAGCGAGUGGGAGCAUGACAUCCCUCUUCCUCAACACCACCAACACCAAGGCCAUCAAGGACAAGAAUGUGAAGCUUGUGUGCAAGAUUGGUACGAAAAUCAUCGUAGAUGCAGAAUGGGUCAACGCAGACACCAUCAAAUGUUCUCCCGUAAAGCUGACAACCAACAUGAUAUCGGAAAUAUUUCCGGUGAAUUUGGCUUGGAAGAGCAACGGUGCUUCAGUUGACAACCCAGAAAACAUAAAAGUGGAGGUUUACACAUGCGGUGGAGCGACCGUGGACUGUGGCCAAUGCUCGGCCAUGCGCCACCGGCAGCUGCGGUGCGAGUGGUGCGCGACGGACGACGACGCCGUCCCCAGCUGCAGGCUCAACACCACGUGCCGGCAGCCGAUCGGAGAGUGCCCGGCGCCGGUCGUGACACAGAUUUCUCCCCAGAGUGGUCCACUCCAGGGAGGCACUCGCGUCACCAUCACGGGCAGUAAUAUGGGCGGCCGGUUUGAGGACAUUGAGCAAGGGCUCUUUUUCGGAGCAGCCCGGUGCAGCCCGCUGAAGGAGUUAUACGAAGUGUCCAAGCGCAUCGUGUGCGUCACGAGUCGCAGCAAUGUCACCGGGAGCCAGGUGCAUGUGAACGUGAAUGGGAGAGUGUCGGAGUCCACCGUCACUUACACAUACGCGGACCCCAAGGUGGACAAAGUGGAGCCCCUGAAGGGGAUCAAGGCUGGUGGCACGGUGGUCACCAUCAGAGGGAGGGACCUGGACGUUGGCUCCCACCUUGAUGUCCGACUUGAUGCAAACAAAUCCUGCACGAUACUCAACAAAAUCAGCACGGUGAUCAAGUGCAAGAUGCCGGAAUGGGACAGCGUAGGUGAGACCAACAUCUGCCUGCACUGUGACGACAGCAAGCAGUGCCUCUUGGAAAAGACGGAUAAAUUCAAAAUCAUCGACAACCCCACGGUGGUGAAGCUGCACCCGUACAAGAGCCACGAAGGGGGAGGACGACAAAUCCAGGUCUCCUUGACGGGCGAAGUCGUGGCGCAGAAAGUGGCUAUGAGCAUUCACCUGGACAGCACGGAAGUGAGCAAAUGCAAAAUCUCGUCGUCGUCGAAAGAGCCGAUGAUCGAGUGCCCAUCCCCGCGGCUCAACAGGACGACGGGCAGGCGUCUGCCGGUCAAAGCGCAGUUCCAUUUCGACAACCACAUCAGCAUACAGGACUUUGACUACUACGAAAACCCACGGUUUGAGUUGAUCAACAAGCCGACGCUGCAGAAGAAGGAGCUAAUCCAGCUGACGUUCAAGAAUUUCUCUUCAAACUUGGACCUCGCGUUGUCCGAGAUCUACAUCUUUGUCGGCCACGUGCCUUGCCUGAGCCUUCAAUUCUUGGACAACAAAGACAGAUUCACCUGCUCCGUCAACCUCUCCACCGUGGAGGACUCGUCUCUGCCGGUGACAGUUCAGGUCGGGCACUACAAGGUGGUGGUGGAAAUGCUGACGGUGGACAAAUCCAACUUGACGACUGCCAUUUCUCUCUUCCUGGCCCUGCUCAUUGUAUGCAUAAUUGUGUUGGUGAUGGUGUUUUACAUCAAAAACAAGAGAGCUAAGCACAACCUGCAGAAAAUCCUCGUGCAGAUGGAGGAGAUGGAGGCGCAGAUCCGAGACGAAAUCCGCAAAGGAUUCGCGGAGCUGCAGACGGACAUGACGGACCUGGCGUCGGAGUUCAACGGCAACCAGGGCAUCCCCUUCCUCGAGUACAAGCACUUCGCCAUCAGGAUCCUGUUUCCGGAGACAGUGGAGCAGUUUCACACAGUAUCACGCCAACUGCGCAGAAUCCCCGCCACCGACAGCGCCCUGGUGCUGGACCAUCCGCUCUUCGCCGCCGAGUGGAAGGUUCCCGAACUGCGUAGGCAAAUGAUGGAGGAGGGAAUCGGCAUCUUCUCCACGCUGCUCAACAACCAGAAAUUCCUCAUCACGUUCAUCCACACGCUGGAGCAGCAGAAGGAUUUCACUGUCAAGGACAGGUGCUACCUGGCAUCGUGGCUCACGGCGGCGCUGCAGGGCAACCUCGAGUACUACACGGCCGUGCUCAAGGAGCUGCUCGUCGACCUCAUCAGGUCGUCCACCAACAAGCACCCCAAGCUCAUGCUGCGCCGCACCGAGUCCGUCGUGGAGAAGAUGCUCACCAACUGGAUGUCCAUCUGCAUGUACGGCUUCCUGCGGGACCGAGUCGGGGAGCCGUUCUUUCUGCUGCUCACGGCCAUUCGGCAGCAGAUCAGCAAGGGGCCGGUGGACGCGGUCACGGGCCGUGCCAAGUACACGCUGAGCGAGGACUGGCUGCUGCGCGAGAACAUCGAGGCGACCGCCCUGAACAUCAACGUGUCCUUCCAAGGCUGCGGUAUGGACUCGUUGGCCGUCAAGGUCCUGGACUGUGACACCAUUGGGCAGGUGAAGGAGAAGAUCUUGGACGGAUUCUACAAAAACUCACCUUGCUCAGUGAGACCGCGCGUCGAAGACGUCGACCUAGAGUGGUUCCCCGAAUCCGGCGGGAGCAUCAUUCUGCGCAACCUGGUGGACAUAUCACAAGUAGAAGGGGCGAAGCAAAAAAUAAACAGCGUGUCCGCCUACCAGAUUCCCGAUGGGGCAUCUUUAGCGCUGAGCUUCAAGGACAAGAAAAACAUCUGUCCGAACGAAGAUAACCUUAAGGACAACGACAACUAUUUCCACUUGGUGACUCCAGCUGAUGAGAUGAUGGAGGUUAAGAAGUCUAAAUCUCAACAAGGAAAAAGGAAGAAAGUCCUGCCUGAGGUUUACCUCACAAGACUUCUGUCUACGAAGGGCACGCUGCAGAAGUUUGUGACCGACCUCUUCCGGGCGAUCCUCACGUACCCGGCGGAGCAGCCGCCCAUGGCCAUCAAGUUCUUCUUCGACUUCCUCGAAGAGCAGGCGGAGAGUCGGGGAAUUGUGGACCCGGAAACCGUGCACAUCUGGAAGACCAACAGCCUGCCGCUGCGCUUCUGGGUGAACAUCCUGAAGAACCCGCAGUUCGUGUUCGACCUGGAGAAGACCACGCACAUGGACGCCUGCCUCAGCGUCAUCGCGCAGGCUUUCAUCGACGCCUGCUCACUCUCGUCGCUCACCCUUGGCAAGGACUCUCCCACGAACAAGCUGCUCUACGCCAAGGAGAUCCCCGAGUACAAAAGCCUGGUGUUCGAGUACUACAAUGACAUCCAGCAGCUGCCCAUGCUGAGCGAACAGGAAAUGAACUCGUACAUGGCCGAGGAGUCGAUGAGGUACACCAAUGAGUUCAACACCAACUACGCCAUGUCGGAAAUAUACAAGUACGCAAAGAGGUAUCGACAUGAGAUCGUCGACUCACUGGAAGAGAAUCUGACGACGCGCAAGAUGCAGCUGGCCCACAAGUUUGAGCAGGUCAUCGUCCUCAUGGAAGACAACAUCUAUGAAACCAGCAGCGAAGUGUGACCCCCUUCGCCAAGCAGCGCCGGGUCCAGAGCAUCAGGUGGACCGACUGUGUGACCAAAUCUCUCUCAAUCUUUCACUGGUUCUUGGAAAUAAUGCAAAGAAGCGUGACUUAUUUUUCCAAGACCGCCUCUCCGGAAACACUGGGUCGACCGACCUACAUUGGGUGAACGAGCUACCACCAAUUCAUGCCGAAUGCUCCUGACCUCAUCGGAUCUCGGAAGCUAAGCAGUGCAUUGACGCUGGUUAGCGCUUAGAUGGGUGACGACCGGGGCUUGCCAGGCGUUGUAGUCGCGGAGUUGCACGGCGUCGUCAGGAGAUGGCAUUGUUGAGUGUCUAAUACUUGGUGGGUUUUCUCUGCGCACUCAGGUUUUCCUCCAAAGAUGAAGCUAAACACCCAAUGUAGCAGGACCCUGCUGAAAAAUAUAUAUAUUUGCAUUAGCAUUGCUAUUUUAUUUUACAGGUUGCGCUUUCAUUAUAAUAACGUUUCGUUUUUGCAAAGCGUCGUUCAAUCAAAUUGCAUCUCACGAUCGCUGGGGAACCACAGAUAAGCUGUGGAGGGAAGCUUCUGAAUCGUUCGAUUGAAAUAGCACAUUUUACAGUUGAUACAUUGCCCCGUUCUGCGGUUGAAUCGAAGCGUUUGUGCAACCGAGUUACGCCCAGCGUCGAUAAAUAAUGGGCAGCUCGUUAUUUACAUUUGCACGACAGACCACUUCAACUGUGAAACUAAGGAUUUCACCCAAUGACAUGGCAAGGCAGUGCUGGGAAAGCGAUGAGAGAAGAGCGAUAGUUUUAUGUUGGGUAAGUGAAAUUACUCCACCGUGGAGUUUCUGCAAUUUGCAUUCAGCCAAAAAAGGUAAUGACUCCCGUCCAAUGCGCUGGGUCUGGUUUGUCGAGUGGUGUGGAGUGCGCAAAAUUUGUAAAUCAAUUUUGCUGCGCAAAAAAAUAUAUACACGAACGAUGCAGUCUGUGGAGAUUGCACUUUAGCCAUGCAAUUGCCUUGUAUUGCUUCCUGUUUAAAAAUGCAGUGUUUAUUGGCGACAGAUUGAUCAGUUUGGGAGGUGGAGUUGUGCCCUCGGUUAAUGUGAAGCGCGGCAGUCUGCCCGUCGUAUGGUUAGUAGGCAUAUAACGAACCGUAAUUUCACGGAUUGAAAUUUAUUCUGGCAGCAUUGGAUCGUGCACAGAAGGAUAAUUUAUUGGUAAUUCACGCACGAUAUAUAUGCCAGUGAUAUGCUCGCGUUUCAUUCUACCGAAUGGAACAAGACACAAAAACAGGUGAAAAGCGCACGGUCUUUGUUUUGUGCAAAUAACCAUCAGUAAUUUACCGAAGAAGUCGAAAUUGUCUUAGAUCACCAUCAAAAUAAAUAUAAGCAAAUGUGA